GUCUCCGGAUCUCGUGGCAGCAUUUCUGCGAGCGCGAGCCGUAACGCCACGCACUUCAAAGCGAAACGGCCAACCUCUGCUCAGGAGAAAAAAAAAAUACACGAAGCAAAGAGAUUUUUUUUAAAGUAACGCGGCGUCUUUUGGCUUUUUUUUUUCUUUGCUUUGAAGAGGACAAGGAGGACACGUCGACGGUCUCAAAGUUUCCACAAAACCUCCUGCAAAACUCCUCGGAGGCUGAAGCUAAAACAACAACGACAAAAAAAGAACACAUCUGUCCCAUCUGCCAACCUCCAUCUGUAGGAAAAUGAAUCAGUGUGUGAUCGUGCAGAGCCCAGUCACCUGGAGGUAAAUGUUUGUCUGCUCCCUGAGAGGAUAUUCCUGGGCUGGUCGAAGAGGACGGAGAGGAAAGGGAUUUUUCAAGGUGCUCCAAAAUGUCUCUGUGGAUGAUACUGCCUGUCAGUCUCCCAGUACUGAGCAUCACUGGGAUAUGGGUUGUAUAUGCCAUGGCCCUUUACAACCAGCACGUCUGUCCUGUGGAUAACUGGUUGUACAACCAGUCCUGUGAAGGGGACCUGCAUUUGCAGAGCGGCCCGUCGUUUUGCUGCACAUUAGAUAACGUACCUCUCAUCAGUAAAUGCGGGACUCUUCCACCAGAGAGCUGCUUUUUCAGCCUAAUUUGCAGCACCGGAUCCUUCAUGGUGGUGGUGAUUGUGCUGCUUCGCUACGCCCAUGUUAUUGAGAAGCAUCAAAACUGUGUUCUCAACACAGCGAGUCUGUCCACAGGCUGGAUCUGUGCUGCUGGACUCAUGAUGGUGGGAAAUUUCCAGGUGGAUAAUGCCAAAGUUCUCCACUAUGUCGGAGCAGGCAUCGCCUUCCCCACCAGCAUGCUGUUCGUGUGCCUGCAGUCGGCGCUGACCUACCGACUGGCCAAGACCCAGGGGGAGUACUACGUGGCCCACCUGCGUCUCUGCAUGACCCUGCUGGCCUUCGUGGGCUUGGUGCUCAGCGGCGUGUUUUUCUGCCAGGAGAGCUUCGUCCUGCAGCACGCCUCAGCCAUCUUCGAGUGGGUGUUCUGCGUCAUCAUUAUGCUGUUUUAUGGGACUUUCGCCUUUGAGUUCGCCGGCAUGUCGGGAGACACCAUGGGAGUGCUGGCGCGGGGAGGGUCCCUGGGACCUGCUGGGAGAGAACUCAAGCUGGACACGCUGGUCGGAAUGGGAGGACAGUCUCAUCCUCACCAGCCUGAGACCAUGUCCAGACUGUAGCCACUUCCUGAAGCUUUGCUGUCACUUCUUUAUUAUAAUUAUUAUUUUGUUCCUGUCAAACUCCGACGGUCAGAUUAGUUAAAUUCUGCAUCUUGGGACACAAUCAUUUCAUUCUUUAGAAGAAAAGGCCAGUGCAGCUGCUGUUACACGGCAGAGCGGGUAAAUACCUGCUGCUUACUUUCUACUCUGUCUGCAUCAGGAUUUGUGUCUCCAAUGAACUUAUUUGCAUUUUGCACAUUGAUCAGGUGUGACAGCCUGCUUUCCCCCCACUCAGACCGGUUGUUAUCGACCAGAAGAAGCAGAGUUAUUUGUCAAUCAGAUAGGGAGAACCCAGCUGUAAACUGUUUCACGUUGAUGCUUUGGACCAUUUCAUCCCCACCGUGAUGCUUUUUUUGGAUGCAGAGAAGGAGAGGCUGCUGGACAGCCCAGCUGACAGUAUUACAGCGGUGAGACCGAGAGACAAUAUGUGGAUGUUACCGAUAAAGUACAGAAAUGUUUCACUCAACCCUGGAGAAAGAACAAACCAGCACUCUUAGUAUCCUUUAUCAUGGUGUUCUACAAGGAUUUUACCUUAUUUAACCAAUAUUUCUUCUCCAUACCCAAAUGCCUUUUUGUAUUCAAGCCAAAGAUAAGUGGAUUGCAAAGCUUAAAAACCCAGAAUAUAUUUUCUUUCUGAGUUUUUUUCUUUGACCAAGUUUCAAUACACUUUGAAUAUUUUCUGUGUGGGAUGCCAUGUUGGUGCUCCAACCUCUUAUGCAGCUGCUCCUCUGUGUUUCUAAAACUAUUUUUUAAAAGUCUGACUGGUACUCAUGCACAGAAUACAUUUACUUCUGUAUAGAAAACACACAUUUGGUGCCUUAUAUUGUUACAUUCAAGAAUCAAUUUUAAGCCAAUCUAAUUUUUUUUACGUUUUUAAAAAAGAAAAAAAAAAACUGUACUCUAGAUCAAUAUUCAACCCCAAAUAAUUCUGUUUUUUGCCGUUUACUGAAGAAUAGAAAAAAGAACAUUUAGUGAACAGAUGCAAAUAAGCUAAUUCAAGCCAGAGCGUUUGGUUUAUUGGGUUUAGUGAUGAGAUGCAACACGUGUUUUCAGGUUCUAACAAAGGGCUGCAGCCUAUUAUUCCCUGUUAAGGACGAGAAGAAUGUGUUUUUCAGUUUACCUGCUGGUUUUGUCUUUGUAGCUCGGAACGUUACAACUAAUUCGGCUCAUCUUUCUGGGAUUGCUGAGCUGAAGAGAAAAAGGGUGAAGUUUUAUAAUUUUUUUUUAAUCUAAAAGAAUAUUUUUACAAAAAAUAAAAAAAAUAAGUGUGUGUAAUUGGUGCUGCAAUUCAAAAGGGGUUUUCCUACAUUUCUGCCUCCUGCUUGGCUGUAAUAUCUGAUCUACAUAGGCAAUAAGACUGAAGAUCACUCAUUGACAGAAAGAGGGUUCAUGUGAGUGCCAAGAAAUAACCACAGCAAAAUGCAGUUAGAUAACCGAAGACAGCAAAGUUACUGUUUGUUUGUAAGGGGAUCAGUGUGAAAAUCUGGGAAAGCAGAGGCCUCACUUCUUUAAUACUUUCAUAAGUAGGCUCUCAUCAACACUGCCUUAAAAUACAAGUGGCCUCAUGUUGCCUUAGUGCCAGUAAUUUGGAAGAAAAUUUGUCAAACAGUAAUUAACUUUCAGGCUGAAUGUAAACUUUCAAAAGGCGAGACCUGGAGAAGCCCCCGCAGCUGCAACAUAUCAAUGAGCAUGGGUCGCCUGCUGCUCUCUGCUGGUCAAAUACAGUAUUGCAUCAUUUUAUGCUGGAGUCUUGUAUCAUGUCACGUCAAAGAAUGGCAACGACUGAUUUUAUUUUUAAAUAGCCACAAGCUCUCCUUCCUGAGUGUGUUCUACCUGAAUUUAGUUUGUCAAAUCCUCCAAGUAUUAUCUCCUUUUAGCAUAAGUAUAUUGCUAAUGGAAUGCAAGUGGUUAAAAAUACUUAUUUGUUGCUUUGUGCAUCUCAGAACACUAGUAGUAAAUCACUUCCCGGUGACAUCUCAUCCUCAUGUCACCAUAUCUACUCUGUCGUCUUGUUUAUAGAUCUGUUGGAUCUUUGCACUCAGGAAACUCUUCAGACACCAGCUACAAUGUUUAUGUCGAAGCAGAAUGAAACCUGCUUGCUUCUACCUUCUGUUUUAUGUCAUGACGUGUAGUAUAGGUGCUGCGUUUUCAGUUCACAUUAGCUAUGAUAUCAUAGAUUUCUUUUGUAAAUCAAGACUGUCAUGUAAAAAAAUAUGUAGCUUUAAUUGUAGCUUUUGUAACGGCGCAAGAUGCUUAAGAAAGUGUGGUGAAUAUUACAAUCAGUAGGUCGCUGCUGACAGCAUCUUGACAAGCUAAUCGGCUUCUGUAAGCCACUUUAGAAUCAAGUAUUCGGUACCCUGUUUGCUUAAAGGCAAAAAAAGUGCAACAUGUGCCUUAUGUAUCAUAUCAGUAACCAAAGAGUUGUAGGCUGUAAAUUCUAUUUUUGAUGCAAAGUGGCAAGAUUGUUGUAAUGCUUAAUAAAUAAAAACUUUUAAAAGUCCAAA